ACAAUCGUGCACGAAUUCCAAGAGAUUUAAGAAGCUUAGAAAUAGAAAAUCCGUAAGAAACAGUCAUUAUGGUGUCAAACAAGGACAAUCUUUAUUCAAACUAAUAGAACAAGGUUAUCAAACUAGAAAGGUAUCUAUGAAUACUAGUUUUAAAAAUAUAGAUUUCAAAACUCUGCUUUUUCGCAACAUUUGGAUCAAAUCAAAGAUCUGAAGGUAUGAAUCUAACUGUAUCUACUUUGACUAAUGCCAAAACAACAAAUGAAGAAGUUUCACAUCUAAAAACUUUGAAAGAAACGAUUAAAAAUUCUGCAAAGGAUGGAUGUAGACUUCAAGAUAUUUUAGAAGAAGAUAUUAAUUCUUUUGUUUUUUACUUGUUUGAACGACGAUACGGUUGGGCUGAAUCUGAUUGUAAGAAUGGUCGAAACAAGAGGGAAGAAGCUAAAUAUAAGUCAUUUAUUAACGAAUCUCUUGAUUUUCUUAUAAAUUGGCUUACCAAUCAAUCUGUUUCACCAGUUAUCCUAGAAGCCUUUCAAUAUGGAAUUAAAGAAGCCAGCCAAAAACCUUCCGUACGAAAACACACGUUCUCUAGAGUUAUGGAUUGGCUUAAAUCUCAUAGAACUGAAAUUAAUGAAGAAAACUUCACUUUAGUCGAAACUCUUAUCACACUGGGAUUAACAGAUGUUUGGUCUGUUAUCAGGAGUAGCGUUGCCUCUCGUCUAAUGCAUUUGGCUCACUAUUUGUCAAUUAAGCUUAUUGAACAAUUAGUAAGUACUUUGGUAAAAUUAUGUUCGAAUCUGGAAACAACAUGGCAAACGAAAGAAGGUGCAGUUUUAGGAAUAAAUGCCAUUCUAAGAAACUUUCAAUGGGUUGGAUUAAUAUCACCAAGUUCGGGAGCAUCUACUUUGUCUUUUGAUCCUGUUAUGCAUACGGAAUAUUUACUUAGGAUGGGUGACGAAGAAAUGGAAUGCAUGCCCGAUUUUUUGAGAAAUUGUGCAUACGAUACUCUCUUUCCUUUAUUGGCUCAUCAACAGUUAAGUGUCCGAGAGAAUACGGUUAAAGCCAUUUCUUCUUAUCUUACAAGAACAGAUUUUACGGAGACUCUUGCUUGUUUUAAAAAUGUUAUUUGCCAAUUGACUGCAAAUAUUCCAAGUGGAAUUCAUUAUCAUAAUGCAAUCAAUGUGCCAAAUUUUAAAUUUAUGGAGGCUCAACAUGCCGAAGGCUUAUUAGGAGUUUGUGAAUUUUUAGUUAAACAAAUCCCUCCGGCUCAUCUCCUCCCGCAUUGGCUUCGUUAUACCAGCACAUUUUGUCUAUACCUUAAGCAUCCUGCGUCAACUGUCAGACAAGCUACAAGCUCAAUUUUUAAAUUUUUAGUUGCAAAGGAUAGCAACAAUCCGUUGUUUGGUAGAUUGGUUUUAGACUCUUUAUCUUCUCAAUGGAAUGAGGGAGAUUGGCAAUGGAGAGAAGGGUGUAUGCUCUCCUACGAACUAGUGUUUCGCUUUUUAAUAAAAAAUCAUCUUUUAUACACUUUUGGCCUACAAUCACCAGAUGAACCUGAAGAAAAAAAUGAUAAAAAAGCAUCUCAAAGCUAUUCAGAGGAAAACUUAAAACUUGCUAAAUCAGUUGAAAUCCAUAAGUCACAAUCGAAAUCUAAAGACGAUGACGAAGAUACUUUUAACGAGGAAGAUGCCAUUAGAAUACGAUAUCAAAAGAAAGUUUCGCGCGGUCGAACAUCAAUAUCGACCGCUAGUCCAGCGUGUUUAGAACUAUCAAUGAAAUGUCAUUUAAAGAAAAGAAAGGCUUGGGGCCAGACAAAGCAACUGACGCAAGAUAAAGGAAGAGAUUCUCAUAAUCUACAUAGGGAAACUUGCGAAGAAAUUGACGAAGAUGAAAAAGAAGAAACGAAUUCAAUGACACUUUGGAGUGCUCUAAAUGCUGAUUCAAAUUUGGUGAGAGGUAGUGAUUCGUCAGCUUCAAGACCAAACGCCAACAGAUUAACACGAAGAAGAAGGUCGAGUAUGCCUCCUGACCCUCCAACAAUGCACCCGGAAUGGUUGACGAAAAUUAACUUAACGUCUUUCGAUGAAAUAUUUCUUGUUAUUCUGGAUCAAACUGUUCAAUGUUUAGCUGAUUCCUGUUGGGAGCUGCGAAGAAUGGCAGCUCAAUUACUUCCAGUAGUUGUUGAAGCACUUCGUUGGUAUGAUAUGAAUAUUUUAGAAACCGUUUGGGAAACUAGAUUAGAUAGUGACUGUUCUCUUUGGUGCUUUGGCUCAGCUUUGGCCCUAAAAUAUACGUUACACCACGCUGCAAAACUGAAAUGUCUAGCAUUAAAUCCUCCAGCUACUUGGUUCGAUAUAUUAGCCUGCAGACGGGUUGUUUUAGCAAUAACUUCAAGUGUUGAAAGUAACGCUAAGCAACUUUGCGGAAUAAUGACUUCUAUUUUAGAUAGAUCGACUUAUGAUAAGCUAAGCGUUAUUGCUCUAGAAGUGCUAAUUCUCUUCUACACACAUUUUAAGGGAGCAUUCGUUGAAGAUAAUGAUGACCCUUUAAUUCAAGCUAUAGAUUGCUUAAAAUCAAUAGCGGAUCAAGCGUAUAGUGAAUCGGCUAAACAGAAGUACCAUAUAUUCACCGUUCAAGAAAAAGAGUCUUUCUUUAGUUUUUCAACUACUCAACGACAAUCUAUAUCCAUUUCGAUGAAACCUGCUCUCUCUGCUAUUGAAUUCACUUUCGAAGAACUGCAAAAUUGCAUCAUUCCUUUCGUUAAAAGAGCAUCGGACACUUUAACAGUCUGCUCUCUUGCACCUUAUCUUGCAAUGACUCUUUCUUCUUUCCAUGACCAGGAUGUUUUAUGUAAAAUUUUGGUUGACAGCUUGACACAUUUAGUAACUAGAUGUGGGGAUUAUUUAAAAGAAAAAAAGGAUGAAGUCUGCAAAAAUGAACUUCUACAUACUGCAAAAUGUUUAUCUAAUUUAGUUUUAAAGAAGUCUUUAGAUGUUUAUACACUUCGUCACUGUUUACAAGUGGGCUAUUUAAUUUGUUUAUCUGUACCAUCGGCAAUGGCGAUUACUCUUCGAGCUGCAAUAGCUCGAUAUAAUAAUUCGGACAGUAUUAGGUCAUCACCACUUGUCUCACCACGAUCUAACGGUGUUGAUUUAUCAUUACAUUCUAUUGAUGUUCGACCAGAGCUGAUAGAAAACCCGUCUUCUUCUGAUGACGAUGAAUCAAAAACUAAGAUUAUUAAAGAAUCACAAACUCUGGAUGCCAGUAAUGGCUCCAAAUCUAGUAGAUUAAGAGUCUAUUCAGAAGAAGAGGAAGAAUCUGAUUGGGACGAUUGGAGUGAAGAUGAAAAUGAGGAAGAUGACGCGGUUAGAGAAGUUUUGGCAGAAUUUGUGCAAAUGUUUAGUUCAGAAGAUUGCAGAAAAGAGAUAAAGAAGCUGCAAGAUGACGAACAAAAGAUCAUCAAGGAACUACAAGGUCUAAAAAUUCCGGCUCAUAAAAGCUGGUUGCACCGUCCAGAAUUCGAAUAA